AGGCGGCUGUUGUGGUUCUGAUAACAAGCAGUACAUCUAUGGCGGCUGGGCCUGGGCCUGGUGGUGCAUUUCUGACACACAGAGGUGAAAAUAAUGACCGACAAGGAGCUCUUGGCCGUCGCUUGUGAGCAGUUCUUGGGGAAGAACGUGCAGGACAUCAAGAACGUCGUUCUGCAGACCUUGGAGGGACACCUCCGGUCCAUCCUGGGCACUCUGACGGUGGAACAGAUCUAUCAGGACCGAGACCAGUUUGCCAAGCUGGUGCGGGAGGUGGCAGCGCCGGAUGUGGGCAGGAUGGGCAUCGAGAUCCUCAGCUUCACUAUCAAGGACGUCUACGAUAAAGUCAGCUACCUGAGCUCCCUGGGGAAAACCCAGAUUGCCGUGGUCCAGCGAGAUGCCGAUAUCGGGGUGGCCGAGGCCGAGCGAGAUGCCGGCAUCCGGGAGGCCGAGUGCAAGAAGGAGAUGCUGGACGUGAAGUUCAUGGCGGACACCAAGGUGGCCGACUCCAAGAGGGCCUUUGAAAUGCAGAAGGCCGCCUUCACUCAGGAGAUCAACAUUAAGUCGGCCCAGGCUCAGCUGGCCUACGAGCUGCAGGGCGCCAAGGAGCAGCAGAAGAUCCGCCAAGAGGAGAUCGAGAUCGAGGUGGUUCAGCGCCGGCGGCAGAUCGACGUGGAGGAGAAGGAGAUCUUGAGGAUGGACAAGGAGCUCAUCGCCACCAUCCGGCUGCCGGCCGAGGCCGAGGCCCACCGCAUGCAGGAGAUCGCGGAGGGAGAGAAGGUCAAGCAGGUGCUGAUCGCCCAGGCCGAAGGGGAGAAGAUCCGGAAGAUCGGCGAGGCCGAAGCCCUGGUGAUCGAGGCCAUUGGCAAGGCGGAGGCCGAGAAGAUGAAGCUGAAGGCGGAGGCCUACCAGCAGUACGGGGAGGCCGCCAAGAUGGCCCUGGUCCUGGACGCCCUGCCCCACAUCGCGGCCAAGGUCUCGGCUCCCCUCGCCAAGGUGGGCGAGAUCGUCAUCCUCAGCGGAGACAACAACAAGUCUUCUGUACUCACUGUGAUUGCAGGUGAUACAGAAGCAAGACAGAAGAAACACUCUCAGCAGCUGCAAUAUGGUUCACGGUCCAUCAAAGGCAGCAACAGGAGCCAGAAUAAUAGAUGA